GCAGCCAUGUCAAAGAAAAAGCAUCCAUGGAAUAAAGGAUAUUACCACUGCGACUCUUGCCAGCUAGAUGACAAAGAAUGCAUGGCACAGAAGUACUGUCAGGCCUGUGAAGAGAAACUGUGUACAGACUGUGUUAAACGACAUGAAAAGAGAAAGGCAACAUCAUGCCAUAAGCCCGUUUUGAUACAAGAGUUAAUAACAAGCGAUACUUUGAUUUGUAGGCCAUGCAGAGGUAUUGAUAAAUUAUCAAAAGCAACAUGGAUAUGCCUGCCGUGUAAGGUAUGUCUUUGCGAUGAUUGCCUUUCAUCUCAUUCAGAACACGCGCUUCUUGAAACUUUCGAAGGAGCUGUAAACUUCGAAAAGCUUAUACCAUUUUGUGAUAUAUGUAAAGAUAAUAGUGGCACUUUCCUAGCCGCCUCUUACGUGUGUAUACAGUGUGAUGAAAAACUUUGUAAUGACUGCACACACAAACACUCAAUAAGAAAAGCUACAAGAUCACACUCUCCAACACGUGUGUCUUUCCCAGAAUACGAGGAGGUAAAGCAGUGUGGAAAUGUUGAGGACAGUUAUGCUCAAAGAAAUCUAGCAGUGAACGUGUGUACUGUUUGCAGAGAGGCACUGUGUGGACAUUGUACGGAAGCGCACAAACAAAAAAAGAGUUUUACUGGACAUAAAAUUCGACCUGCAAUAGACAAGUACUGCACCUGCGACCAAUGCGAAAAAACUGGAAAAAUGUUUAAACCACACGACAGACAAUUUAGAAUUGUCGAGGAACAGCCCAAAAAGGAUCGCCCCGGGAAACCUGUAACAUCGAACGUUUAUACCGAUUCUAUAGCAUUAACAUGGGAACGUCCAUCAAGGUUUUCAGAUGGCAACUAUUACCAGAUCAUGUACAAAGAAAUCGAUCUAAACAAGAACUGGAAGAAUUUUCCAGAGAAAAUCUGUACUGAAUCUGCUGUUGUGGAUGGACUGAGGUCAAACACAGCUUUUGUCUUCCGUGCCCGGGCGGUAUAUGAAGACGGUGACGGUCCCUCAAGUGUUGACAGUGAUAGAAUUGUCACCCUAGAAUCACUUGCUUGUAGAUACACAGAGCGUUCUGACUUGUUGGAAUGCGGAGACCCAUCUCCAUCUGUAUUUGCUGUCGAAAUGACUGAAGUGGAAAAAAGAUUUCUACUGAAAAAAGAAAAGGUGUUUGAAAUAGGUGCACGUCCACGGUUGUAUUGCAAGUCGAAAACGAUUGUACUAUCAGGCGCUCCUGGAGCAGGCAAGAGUACACUAGUCGAUGCAAUGAUAAACUAUGUACUAGGUGUGAGCUGGGACGAUCCUUAUAGAUUUACCGUGAUACAAUCAAAAGAGGAAUUUAUGAUCAAAGCUCGCAGUCAUACAGGAAGGUGGACCAGGUACACAAUUCAACCAGAAAAAGGAGGUCGAUUGCAGUACGCGUUAAACAUAAUAGUUGCACAAGGAAUCAGAGAAAACACCUUGCCUUUUUUUCUUGAUGAUCUUAGUUUCAGCGGUCGAGACUUUGUAAUUUGCUUUGUUAUCCAGGCUUCAGAUGCACGGUUUACGGCUCAGCAACGUCGGAUGUUACAGGGGUUUCAGAUGUUUCAAGAAUAUACAAAUGAAAAAAGGAUAUGCACGCUUGUUACAUUUGCAGACGGUAAUACUCCACCAGUCUUAUCUGCACUUAAAGAAUAUGGACUGAAUUUCGGGGAGAUUUUUACUUUUAAUAAUUCUUCCUUAUUUGCAAAAAAUAAAAACAUCUCCAACAUGGCUUUGUCGCGGGUGUUUUGGGACAUGGGUUUUAAAAGUUUUAAGGCCUUCUUUGACCACAUUGAAAAUAUUGAACAAUUAAGUAUUUAUUUAGAUAGAAGUGAUAUCGAAGAACUAAAGUUCAUCCAAACAAUGAUGGAGGAUACACAGCUUAAAAUUGCAAGGGUUCUAUCAAUGGCUAGUGCCUUAAAACAAAAUAUUGUGUAUAUUGAAGGAAAUCCGUCUUUGGAAGGUAGCUACGGGUACAAAAUUGUUACUGAAAAACAUACGAUAAUAAAGGAAUUACCAAACGAUGAACAUGCACUCAAUUGCAGAAGUUGUCAAUUUACAUGUCAUGCAAACUCUACUAAAAGAGAAUGCCGUGACAGAUACAGUGUGAUACGUGAAUGUGGAACAUGCAAUGUUUGUCCAAAAAUAUGUUCUUCUAUAAAUCAUUACAUCUCAAAGUACAAACUUGAAAAUAUCAAAAUUAAAGCAAGUUUCGAAGAAAUGUUAGAACAAGACACUGAUACAACGACAAAACAAACUCUGACCAAACUUAAUGAUGAUUUGAUAAAGUUAGUAAUGGAUGAUUUAUAUAAGAUUGUUUGCUCCUUAAUUUUUUGCAACAAAAUGCUAGGAAAACUUACGCGUAAACCUUACUCGCCUGUUAUAACAGCAGUAGAACUUAUUGAUGGGAUGAUUGCAGAUGAAAUUUCUGAAAGUAAAGAAGGAUUUUUAAUGAGAAUAAGUGUAUUGCACGAUCUUCGUAGAAGAUACAAACGACCUUCAUAGAUGACAUGAUCUUUGUAUAUGAUAUAGAUAAGGCACAAGGAAUCAGUUUAGCAGUAGGAAAGGAAUUCUCAGAAAUCAUCCCUUUCUUACUUCUUUAGACAAACCAGGUCACUAAAGUAUAUAAUCGAUACAAUGCAGAUAUGCACUUCCUGUAAUGAACAUGCGACAGCCUGAACAACAAGUGUGCAAGAGGCUUUGGACAUAGGUUAAUUACACUAUUUCCACCGUAAUUUUGUUGCAAAAUGUAGCUAAGUGCAUUACCAUCCCGUAUUUCAUUAGACAACUUUUUUCUUAAUUUCCAUUCAGUGUACGAAUAGACGGCGUGUAUAAAUCGUAAUCAACUUUCUGCCGUCUGGUACUUAAUGCUACCGGCCAUCAAGGAAUCCCUAUUAUCUUCAAGGUUACUGUCGCACUUGAGAAUUCUAAGGUUUAUAUUGGUCAUUUUUUUUCAAGCCCAUAUAGGGAUGCGAAAAUGUCUUUCAAUCUUUUAUCAAAUACGCGAAAGCAUUAAACAUUUUUUCAACAGUAUUUCAGUUAUAAAUUGGCGGGCAGUUAAUCUAAAGGUCAGACGCGGAGAUUUCUUACAAAAUUUAAUCAAUUAAAUCGGAUAAGGUCUGGCAUGGAGAUCAAACUCACGACCCUGCGAACCAUAAAUAUGUGCUCUCCCUGUUUAUUGAAGAAAUUAUAUGUAGAAUUUACAAAAAAAAAAUAAUGUCUAAUUUUGCAACCAAUUUGUAAGAAUGUAGAAAAUCAGGUAACUUAGAAUUCGUAGGAAAGUUAAGAUAUUUCUCACAGAUCUUGGAUGUUAUUAAAAGUUAAGCAGUGUAAGUAGAUUUACACGUACUUACCGUUUUGUGUUUUAUUCAUUGCGACAUUCUUUGCUCUCAUACAAUCUUGUAAGGCAAACUUGGAUACAUAUUUUCAACACCAAUGACUUCCAUACGGUGUACAGUUUGGACAAUCGUGACUUUUUCUUAAAUGCUAAACCGCGAUGCACGAUGGUACGAUGACGA